CCGGGGAGCUCGAGGCGCCUGUGGCUGCUGCGCUGAGGUCGGAGAGUCGGCUUGUGUGCCGGCUGCUUUUGGGGCGGCUGCUGCUCGAGCUGGAACAUUUCCCGGUUGGUGGCUCCUGCACAUUGUUUACACUUCUCCAGUUCUCUUUUUGGCACUUUUCUAGGCUACGGUGAUAUGGUGAUGAGUAAAUAGAGUCUCUACCACACAAAAUGUACGAGGGAAGGCAGACAUAAAUCAAGUAUUCCAUCAAAAAAGAGCAGAAGACUAAACUUACAGAAGAAUGCAAUCAAGUGAUGGCUUUUUCUUUAGAAUAUGAAUAUGGAAGCCACAGGAACAGAUGAUGUCGAUAAGCUGAAAACUAAAUUUAUAUCUGCUUGGAACAACAUGAAAUAUAGUUGGGUGUUGAAAACGAAGACAUAUUUUAGUAGAAAUUCUCCUGUAUUAUUACUUGGAAAGUGUUACCAUUUUAAAUAUGAAGAUAUUGCCAGGAUUAUGCCCACAUGUUAUGGAAAUAAGAUCCCACAAUGUGGAAUUUUUUGAAACAUGACUUUUGCCAUUUACUAAGAAAGGAUGAAAAUGAACUCUUACCUGCAAGGUCAGGGUGUACAAUAGAAGAUCAUGUGAUUGCAGGAAAUGUAGAAGAAUUUCGUAAAGAUUUCAUUUCAAGAAUAUGGCUUACCUACAGGGAAGAAUUUCCUCAAAUAGAAGGCUCAGCUUUGACAACAGACUGUGGUUGGGGCUGUACGUUAAGAACUGGCCAAAUGCUGUUGGCUCAAGGACUCAUACUACACUUUCUUGGUAGAGCUUGGACCUGGCCCGAUGCUUUGAACAUUGAAAAUUCAGACUCUGAAUCAUGGACUUCCAACACUGUAAAAAAAUUUACUGCAUCAUUUGAAGCAUCACUUUCAGGGGAAAGAGAACUCAAAACCCCAACAAUUUCUCUGAAGGAAAAAAUCGAGAGAUACUCUGAUGAUCGUGAGAUGCAAAAUGAAAUUUAUCACCGGAAAAUCAUCUCUUGGUUUGGCGAUUCCCCCUUGGCUGUCUUUGGUUUACAUCAGCUAAUAGAAUAUGGAAAGAAGUCUGGGAAAAAAGCUGGAGAUUGGUAUGGACCAGCUGUGGUUGCUCACAUUUUAAGAAAAGCAGUUGAAGAAGCAAGACACCCAGACUUAAAAGGAAUAACUAUUUAUGUUGCGCAAGAUUGUACAGUUUACAGUUCUGAUGUAAUUGAUAAACAGUGCACUUCCAUGGCCUCUGAUAACACAAAUGACAAAGCUGUUAUUAUUCUAGUUCCUGUUAGACUUGGUGGAGAAAGAACCAAUGCCGACUAUUUAGAUUUUGUAAAGGGCAUUUUAAGCCUUGAAUAUUGUGUGGGUAUUAUCGGCGGCAAACCUAAACAGUCAUAUUACUUUGCUGGAUUUCAAGAUGACAGUUUGAUUUACAUGGAUCCUCAUUACUGCCAAUCUUUUGUAGAUGUCAGCAUAAAGGACUUCCCUCUUGAGACAUUCCACUGCCCUUCUCCCAAAAAGAUGUCAUUUCGAAAAAUGGAUCCUAGCUGUACAAUAGGAUUUUACUGUCGAAAUGUUCAGGACUUCAAACGAGCUUCUGAAGAAAUCACUAAGAUGCUGAAAAUUUCUUCUAAGGAGAAAUAUCCCUUAUUUACUUUUGUAAAUGGUCACUCCAGAGACUAUGAUUUUACAUCUACUACAAUGAAUGAAGAAGACCUUUUCUCAGAGGAUGAAAAGAAAAGAAUAAAAAGAUUUAGCACAGAAGAGUUUGUCUUGCUGUAAAGAUUAGCACAUUUGUGCUUGAUGAGAAGAAAUCCUUUGAAGGUGGAAAAAUGAAGAGAAACAAGUACAUUCAAAACUGGUUUAUCUUCACCAGUAUCUUAAUUUUAUAUGUUCUUUUAAACAAAAGAGCAUUUGGAAAUAUACACAUUUUAAAGAUAUUUUUCUGAAAGAGAAAUGAUUUAGUGAAUCCUGAUUUCUAAUAAAUAUUAAGUGAUUCUGACCACAUUCCUCUUUCCCUGAAGUUCUGCUAAUGAUAAAUCUACCUUAACUGCAAGUCUUCCAGGCUUCAAAUUCUUCCACUUGGGUCCACUAUUCUCCUGAAGGUUUUGUGCUAUUGGGCCCCCCAAAUGUCAUCACCCAGUAGUUUCAAAAGCUUCAGUUUAUACUAAUCACCAGAAGAUCAGAGAAUGAAUCUUAAGUGCCACCUAAGCCCCCUGAUAUUAAUGCAACCAAAAGACACUUUUGGAUGUAUCUUGAUAUAUUAAAUAGUAAUUUUUAGCUGUGAUAUAAUACAAUUAUAUGAGAAUUUUGAGUUAAGGUAAUACUUAACAGUAUGAUUCUAUAAUGGUUCCUUAUUUUGCCUGCUGUUAGCCUUCUCUGAGGAAUAAAGGUAAAGUACUGGUUUCCCCACAGAUUUAAAGGCUAUAUUAUUAAUAAUAACUACAUCUAAUCAAAGCAGAUAAAGGCAAAAUUGUUUGUUUCCUAUCUCAAAAAUGAAAUUUAUGGAAACUUGAUUUAUUAUACAGUUUUGAAAUCUAAAGAUAAGUACCAAGAAAGCUAUCAUUAGAUGUUCUUCUAUGUGAUUUUUGCUAUUUGUAUAAAUCAGUGUAGUGGUGUUUAGAACUGAGACCAUCUAUGAAGUAAAUCUGUCUUAAGUGUAUUAUGUAUUACUUAAAGGCAAAUUUGUAAUAAUAAAAAUAUGAAUUACUAUUGAGUCAGGUUUAUAAAGUAAGUACUUUAAUAAAGAUAUAAGAACAUAAAA